AUGGCGCUUAUCAUGUUUGUUGUUUCUCCUGAAUCCUUCAAUUUUAAUGCAUUAAGUUUUUCUCAAAUGUUUUCUAGGAAUAUAAGGCAGAUAGUUUGGAAAAUUGAUGUAGCCAAUAUUCUAUCAGUUGAUGUUGGAGCAAUUAAAUUCAUCGAAAAAAAAGUUGUUGCUUUAGGAAAAGAUUUUAGUGAGUUCUUAGACAAAGUGAAAGCGCUCGGGAGUCGAUUAACUGCUUUGGAUAAAGCCAAUGCAUCUGUUCACUCAGUCCAUGAAAUAAAUGUUCAAAAAGUUCGACAGAUUGAAGAGACUGCUUCUAAGCCUGCAGAUGAUAAUCAUAUUGAUCUGUUUGCUUCUGAUUCAGAUGAAGAGUCUGCCGAAGCUUCCAUAAUUAGAGAAGAAAGACUUGCUUAUGCUGCCAAAAAAAAGUUCCUACAAUUGGAUAUUUGGCUAACUGAGCAAAUUAAAGCUCUGGACAAAUUGAAGCAUAAGCUCCAAAUAUCUUGUGUAGUUGAAGAUGACAAAGUUUCUAUAGAUUGGCUACUGCUUCUUAAGCAAAUUGAAGCUCUCGAGGAUUAUGUUCAAAGUGUUGAUAUAGCUGCUUUCAAUAAAAUUUAAAUUAAUGUAAUGUAUUGUUUCGUUCUUAAAAUAAAGUGUUUUUCA